AUGUAUUCUCUCCUUCCACUCCUUUUGGCGAUUGGCGUUGUCCCAGUGUGGAGUUUCAGCCUGAAUACCCCCACCGAGUAUUGGAACUACACCACCGCCAGCCUGUCCAGCACCACCUCGCAAGAAUGCAAGGACGCCUACAGCGCGAACAUCGACUGCGACGACUUUCUGCUCGCACUGGCCGUGUCCAAGGAAGACCGGUGGUGGCUGCCGCCCGACUUUGACUCGGCCACGUUUGACCGUACCUGCACGGCCACCUGCCAGUCGUCUCUGUCGGCGUAUGUCGCGAAUGUCGAGAAGACCUGCAACAAGGCCAGCGACGCAGCAUUAAAGACUAAGGACUGGGAAGACCUCGGGGUCAAGGUGUUUGUGCCAGUGGUGACGCUGGGACAUAUCCUGCAAUAUACGCUGAUGAGAUCCUGCACCAAGGAUGAUGACGGAUCAUACUGCUAUAUCGGCCAGAGCAGCUUUUACUAUGCGGAAUGCGACUGCAGUUGGACCUGCGCGCUGGCCUAUUUCUGGGUGGCACAUGAAUAUCCGUACGAUGACUACGAGCUUGGUUUUCAUAUCCCCGGCAAGGACGAGGAGGGCAAUCGCGUCGAGUUGAUUUCUAGCAGCGUGCUCGUUGGCGAUGGGCAGGAUUCGUCGUACGGUUGGGCAACGGUCGAGAAGUGCGGAUGGACCAAGAAUGAUACAGUUCCAUUGUUCAACACGGGCAUGUCGAAGAAAGUAGUUGAGAACCAGUCGACAACGAACUCGACAGCGAACUCGACUGCCAUCUCGACGGCGAACUCGACGGCUACAUCGACUGCGACGGUCGCUGCUGGUUCAAGUACGGUGACAAGUGCUGGACUCCCCGUCGUCACCAGUGCUUCUGGAACAGGGUCACGCCGGAUGCAUGGCGAGACGUGGAUGACACUGUCGAUUCUUGCUAUUGGGAUAAUGGUCCUUUAA